AUGAAUUGUGGAAAGUGUUUGCAGAAAAUAUUGCGGAUAAAUAAAAAUCUGAAUAUUCGCUUCAGUAUUAUAAAUACGUCUCUAUUGGUUGUUCCAGUCGGGAAUACUUUUAAAAUGCUACACAAGAGGACGCUUUAUCAACUGGAUACCCAAUCCUUUGUUAAAAAAACUAAGUUAUCAGCUCAGGAUUUGAAGGAAAUUCUCUCUGACUCAGACGGUGAUUGGGAAUUUACUAUAGAUAAUGAUCGAUUGUUGGAGGAGAAUAACAAUAAUGUUGAAAUUUUAUCUAAGAGGGCAAACAGAUCAAAAAAUGAUAAUAACCAUAGUCAAACUAUGAGUCGAAUAAAUGCUUCUUUGAAUAAACCUAUUUUGAAUCAAUUACCGACAUUAAAAUGGAAUGAAGAUAAUUCAUCAAAAGAAAAUGAACGAAGAAAAUCGCAGUCUAUAAAUUCAGAGUUUAAUGUGUCGGAUUAUUCUUUGGAUUCUGGUUCUCUAUUGAAGCCAAUUAAUAUAAGCGGUGAGGAUUUUAGUAAUAACAGCAUAUAUGCAAAUAGAGAUGAGGGAGAGAUAGACGAAGAUUGUUUAGAUACUGAUGCUGAUAACAAAUAUAUUCUUGAUACUAUUCAAGCGAAAGAUUUAUCUAUUGAAGAUCUAGACAAAAGUUUAGAAAAGGCAAUAAUGAAUAAUAGUGAACAGGUUUCUGCGCGGACAACCACUGAUACUACAAAUCCAACUUAUAAUGAUUCUUUCGAAUCAAUUGAUCCUAUCACAAUAGAUAUUCCAGAUACUAUCGAUGAACCUGAUCUGAAAAUUAUGCAUAAUGAAAAAAUGAGUGAAUGGGGUGGUAAAAUUUCUUUGCAAACGCAAGUGAUGCCUUUUACUGAUGUAGAUAACAUUGCUAUCAAAUUACCAGCAAACACAAAAAUAAAAGUACCAAUAUUUUUAUCCAAGGAACAAGAAUCUGUUAUUGAAUUAGCUAAACAGGGUCACAAUAUUUUUUAUACAGGGUCUGCAGGUACAGGCAAAUCAGUUCUAUUAAGAGAAAUGAUUAAAGUUCUAAAAAAAAAGUAUGGAUAUGACCAAGUUGCUGUCACUGCUUCGACUGGACUAGCAGCCUGUAACAUUGGUGGUGUUACAGUCCAUUCUUUUGCAGGAAUUGGUUUAGGACAAGGCACAGCAGAGCAACUAUACAAAAAGGUGAGAAGAUCAAAGAAACAUGCGCGAAGAUUAGAACAUAUUAGUGCUCUAGUCAUUGAUGAAAUAUCAAUGUUGGAUGGAGAUUUAUUAGAUAAAUUAGAUUUUAUUGCCCGAAAGCUUAGGAAAAAUCCACGCCCUUUUGGUGGUAUUCAAGUUAUAUUCUGUGGUGAUUUUUUCCAAUUACCACCAGUCUCCAAAGAUCCAACAAAUCCAACAAAAUUUGCAUUUGAUUCUAAUGCAUGGAAAUCUGGGAUCAAAUGCACAAUAAUGCUGCAAAAAGUGUUUAGACAACAAGGUGAUACCCAAUUUAUAGAUAUGUUAAAUAAAAUGAGACUUGGAGAAAUUGAUGAAGAAACUGAAAAAGAAUUUAAAAAAUUAAAUAGACCACUUCCUGAUGAUGAUAUUAUUCCUGCAGAAUUGUAUAGUACUAGAAACGAAGUGGAUAGAGCAAAUUCAAUUCGAUUAAAUAAAUUGCCAGGGAAAGUGCAUAAUUUCAAUGCUAUUGAUGGGGGCUCUUUAGAUGAUGUGGAAUUAAAGGAGAAAUUGCUGCAAAAUUUUUUGGCACCAAAACAUCUUGAAUUAAAGAUUGGUGCACAGGUUAUGAUGAUUAAAAAUGUAGAUGCCACCUUGGUGAAUGGGUCUUUAGGUAAAGUUAUAGAUUUUAUUGAUAGGGAUACGUAUAUGUUUUAUGAGACAAUGAAUAAAAACCCAGAGCUCAGUGUUGGACAAUUAGAGACAAUCAAGAAAGAUCCGACAGUUUUGAAGGAAAUGUAUAAUGAAGAGAACGAGUUAAAUGGUGAUGAUGAUGUUAAAGUGAGACAAAAAUUAGUCAAGGAGUCCUACUGUAAAUAUGAACCAGAAGAAUCUCAUACACCUCUUAGUGAAACGAUUUUUGAUUUUUUAAAAGAUCAGCAGUCCGAUAAUAAAGAAUCAAGACAAAAUAUAAACCGUAAAAAAGCGUUAUUAAGAGAAUUGCAUUCUAGUUCCAAACAAAGAAAAUUACCAUUAGUUAGAUUUAAAACCUCCGAUAUGUCCACAAGAACUGUAUUAGUAGAACCUGAAGACUGGGCUAUUGAAGAUGAAAAUGGUAAACAAUUGGUGUCUAGAGUACAGAUUCCUCUAUUGUUAGCUUGGUCGUUAUCUAUUCAUAAAUCACAGGGGCAGACUUUGCCUCGUGUGAAAGUUGACUUGAAAAAAGUCUUCGAAAAGGGACAAGCAUAUGUAGCUUUAUCUCGUGCAGUCUCUAGAGAAGGAUUACAAGUCUUGAAUUUUAACAAAAUGAGAGUUGGUGCCCAUGAGAGAGUAAUUGAGUUCUAUAAAACAUUAAUGUCAGCAGAGAAUGCUAUUCGGGAGUUAAAUAAUAAACAUGAAGGCGAAAGUGGUCAAAACGGGAGUGUGACUAAUGGAAGACUCACUUUUCAACACAAAUUAGAGUAUGCACCACCUUUACAACAUAUUUUAAAUCGUAAGAGGUCCAAUGUAGGUCGAGCCAGUAGAAGUAGUAGCAUGAAUAGUAGUCCUGUAAAAAGUUCAGAAAGCAUUACUGACAUGCUAAUAAGAGAAAGAGAUAAAAAGAAAAAUUAA